AUGUCUUCCAAAGCGCUCAAAGCGUUGGGAGAGGAUGUGUGGAAGAAUAGAGCAGAAAAGGUCGUGAGUAGCUUUCUAGCCAGCUCAGUCGUACGAGCCUGCAAGACGCAGCAACGCCCCUCAAAUCUCAUCUUCCCCUUCACCGGACCCGCCUGACGCAUACCUGCUCAUCUCUUUCGACAAACAGAACGCGGAGCUGUUCACGCUGACAUACGGAGCGCUAGUCGUGCAGCUGAUCAAGGAUUACGAGGAUUACACUGCCGUCAAUGCGCAAUUGGACAAGAUGGGCUACAAUAUCGGUACGAGGUUGAUCGAGGAUUUCCUAGCCAGAACCGGCUUGCCCAAGUGUAGGGAUUUCGCAGAGACUGCCGAGGUGCUUUCCAAAGUGGGUUGAUCGGUUUUUGCAGAAAUCUCAUCCGAAGCAUAUUCCUUAGCUGAGGCCCCUCUUUGCCAAUGUCCUGCUUUCGACGCACCUAUCGUGCCCUCAGGUCGGCUUCAGGCUGUUCCUCAACAUUGCGCCUGUGCUGCUUCCGAUCAAAGAGGUGCCUCUGACCUCGGCGUCGCAAUCCGCAGCUGUCGCCAGUGCAGGAGCCUCGGCAUCGGGCCAAACAACGCAAGAAUUCGGUCUAGUGCUGGAAGAGAACCCUCUGGCCGAGUUCGUAGAGCUGGACGAAGAAGCUAGAUUGGGCGGACUUUGGUGGAGCAAUGUGCUUUGUGGCGUUAUCAGGGGCGCUCUGGAAAUGGUGCGUCGAGCUCGUCUUGGGAGUGCACGCUGUCUCAAGAAAGUCGGAUCGUCUUGCUAUCUAGCUUGGGACCAGCUUGGGACCUUUGCUCUAUCCACAAAAGCAGGAGUCUGACACUCGCCGCUGCUCCUCUUGCUAUACAGGUCCAAUUACAAACAGAAGUCAGAUUCGUUUCGGACGUUCUAAGGGGCGACGAGACUACAGAGAUGCGGGUCAAACUCAUUCGCAUCUUGGACGAAGAAGCUCCGAUCGCUGAUGAUUGA